UAACUGUCGAACAGAGAAAGUCGUCGGAGGAUAGACAGACGCAGAGACAGAGAGCGAGAGAAAGGGAGGAGGAGAUGCUGGACAAUUCAACGACAUCUGCUGCUGCAGCUGAACCAGUUAUCAAGCGCUAUUCGCAUCCCAAUCAAAGAACUCGGUCUCUUAACAGGCGCAAAUCAUCAGAGAAGAAUCAGUUUGCCACUUCGAGAAAUAUUCAUGCUGCAGAACAUGGUGAGACGGGGAGCAGCGGUCUCUUGAAUGAGAACACUCAUCCAGCGCUAAUAGCUUUAGAAGGGUGUUCCCGCAGUGCAGCUUCCCAGUUUUUGAAUGAACGUUGGGCAGCUGCAAUGAAUUGCUAUAAUGAUACAACAAUAGAUUUAUCUGAGAGGCCGGUUAUGUAUUCUGGCAGUAGUGCAUCAGCAUGGGGGCACUUCAGACUUCCUCACCAGCUUAUGCAUCAAGCAAGCAGUGCCGGAGCUUCUUCAGGUUUGCAGAUGGACUUCUUGACUGAACUUAGCCGUGCCAUGGCCAAAGCUAAUACUGGUUCUGAGUUCUGAUCACUAAUAUUUCCAUAAACUCUACAAAAUCAAGUUACCUUUGCCUCAUAAUUAAAGUACUUUUUUGAACUCUCGUGCUUUGUUUUAAGGCCAGAUGUCUAUUAUUUUGUAUAGCCAUGGUCCAAAGGCAACAAUGUAAUUUAACUUAACUGGGCUUCUGCUGCUUAGAUAGAUUCUAUGUAGUUAUUUCCUUUUUUGUAUUUUUGAUAAUUGAUGUGUUACUUGAUUGUAUUUAACUU